AUGUCCUUCUCCACCUCGCCCUCACCGCCAACCAAGCUCCGCCCAACGCCCUCCUCCUCCUCCUCAUCGCGCUCAGCUGCGCUCGCCAAACCCGUCAUCUCGCCCACGCGCGCGCGCGCCCUCUCGCCCGCCGCGUCCGCCGCCGUCGAGGAGCACAAGGCGGCGCUCAAGCGGCGCACGCUCGCCGCGCGGCAGCUCGGCGGCGCAGAGAGCCCGACCGAGGGCUCGUCAUCGGCGGUGGCGGCGGCGGGCAUGCGCCGCAGCGGGAGGUGGUUCGGCCGGUUGGCGAGCGUCGCGAGCGACGAGUCGGCACCGCAGGACGCGCAGGACGAGAACUCGGCCCCGUCGCGCUCGGGCUCGCCGCUCGGCGCGAGGGCAUCGGCGGCCAGCUUGCGGGUCGCGCAGGUGCAGGCUCAGCCGCCCGCGACGCCGCCGCCCGCGACGCCGCCGCCCGCUGCCGCCGGCCUGCGAGGGCCGGGCAAGAAGGCGUCGUUCACGGCGCUCGGACGCGGUCGGGCCCAGGCGCCGGCGCAGUCCACUGUCGAUCCUGUGGAUCCUCGCGUCGAUGGCGCCGAGGCGGAUCCGGGUUUCUCGAGCCUGCAAGAGCUCCUCGAGCGUCAUGGGUACGCCGAUACGCGGGUCAUCACGCCGCAAGCGCAGAAGAUCCGCCCCGCCGACCUCGGCGCGCACGUCGACGAGGUCGCACCACCGCGAGCUUCUUCGCCUGCGCCGCCGUCAGCCGCCCCGUCCUCGUCACUCGCGCCGCCGGCACCCAAGACGCUCAAGGAGCGCAGCUCUCUCCUGUCGCUGCGAGGCUUCUUCUCGCUGUUCAGCCCGACGCCCGAGUCGGACAGCGGCGAGGACGACGAGGACGCGGUCGAGAUCCUCGCCGACCCGGUCGUCGUCGGCGGCGGCGGCACCGACUCGCCGCAGCCUCGCAUGCGCAGCGCGAGCGAGGUCCUGCACUGGGUCGACGGCGUCAACCAGGAGUUCCCGCCGCCGGCACCGCCGCUCGUCAGCGCGCCGCACCCGCUCUCGCGCUCGAGCCUGCCCAUCGGGUUGGGCUCGUCCCUCGAAUCGACGCCGCAGCUCCUGCAGUACGGCGCGCGCGAUGACGACACGGCGAGCGCCAGGUCGUACUCGUCGUCGCUCUCGCUCGACUACUCGCCGCCGACGCCGCACCACCCGCUCCCGUCCUCCUCGGCCCAUGCCUCGUCCUUCUGCCCGACAAUCGCCAUCUCGGGCGACGCCGACUCGCCGACGAAACCCCGCCACGCCGGCGCCGGGCUCGGCAACUCGCUCGUCCUCCGCCACGCCGCGAGUGACUCGCACCUCCUCACGACCUCGUCCUCCUCGUCCGCCUUCCCGCGCUACGAGUCUUUCUCCGGCCUCGGCAUCUCGCUCCCGACCCCAGCCUUCGACGCGUCGCCGCCGCACCCGCCGCACCGAGUCGCGACGCCGCCACCUGCCCCAGGCGCCUUUUCCGGCGUUCCCUCCCUCCUGCGCGAGCGCGUCUCGCAGCUCUUCUCCUUCUCCGCCUCGCCCACCUUCCCCUCUUCCUCGUCCUCGACCUCGUCGACCCGGCCGCCCUCGCCGUUCGCCUCGCCCUUCGACGCCGCGACGGGCCUCUCGCCCUCGCAGCGCCGCCUCCUCAGCGCCGCACAUGCGCACGCGCACACGCUCGCGCGCGAGCGCGGUCGCGCGCCGCACCUCCUGCGCAAGGCCGUCAGUGCAGGCGGGCUGCGCGUCGCGGCGCUGAGCCAGGUCACGAGGGCCAAGGUCGAGGCCAAGAGCUCGAGGGAGAGCCUCGGGAGCUUGGAGGCGGCGCCGGUCGUCGAUGCGGCGGUUGGGAGAGCGGCAGCCGAGGCGGACUGGAUGGCGAACGCGUGGGGCGAGGACCUGCUCGGCAGGAGGUGGUGAGCGGGCGCUCCUCGUCGGCGUCGACGUCGGCGGGUUCCUCGGGUCCUCCUCGUCCUGUAUAGCGUCUCGCGUCCUUUCGAUCUUUCCUCGUCGUUGUCCUCUCGUCCUCUCUUCCUCUCGAACCUCCUGCAACGCGCCCUCGUCCACUUGUCGUCGAGCGCUCGAGCCCCGCCUCGAGACCUUCGCAAGCGCGUCUCGGCUCUGCUGCGGCCGCAUCGUCUCGUCGACGGUUGUCCGGCCGAAUGCGCGAUCAGAGGGUCGAGUGUAGUGCGCUCGAGCAAUGAAAGAGACUCGGUGUGCAGCCCC